AUGCAUCAGAUCUACAGCUGCAGCGAUGAAAAUAUUGAGGUUUUCACCACCGUGAUUCCUUCCAAGGUGUCCAGUCCAUCCAGAAGAAGAGUCAAGAGCUCUCAACACCUCUUGGCCAAGAAUGUGGUGAUCGAGUCUGACUUGUACCCGCCAAUGAGGCCUCUGGAGCUGCUGCCUCAACGCUGUGAGCGCAGGGACACAGGCGACCGCAGGUGGCUGCAGACUGGCCGGCUGCAGACUGCCAGGCCACCCGGGACGCAUCCCACCAAAACCUCCAUCAGACCUGGUAUGUGAGUCUCAGUUCCCCAGGUUCAGGGACCCUUGAGAGCCAGUGAUGUGCCCGAACCAGCAAAAGUUCAAUCCAGACACCUCAAGACAAUAGCAGAAGAGUACCCAGCCCUUCCCCAGGGAGCAGAAGCCUCCCUGCCAUUAACAGGCAGUGCUUCCUGUGGUGUCCCUGGCAUCCUACGAAAAAUGUGGACCAGGCACAAGAAGAAGUCUGAAUAUGUGGGAGCCACCAACAGCGCCUUUGAAGCCGACUAA